AUGGAGACUGUGUCGUUAUUAGGUGAUAAACAUGUAACACCCGGAGACGUCGUUUAUUAUGAGGAAGGGUGUAUUCCAGGCAAUGGGAUCAGUGUGAAGGGACAAGACUAUGUGAGCAAUGUCCACGGUCUUGUCCAUCGUAUCAACAAAUUAGUGUGUGUUGAUCCGAUUCGUUCGAGGUACUCUGGAGAUGUCGGCGAUGUGAUUGUUGGGCGAAUUGCGUCGAUAGGACAAAGUGCGUGGCGGGUCGACAUCAAUGCGAAAAACAACGCAGUUCUUCAACUGUCGUCUGUUAACCUUCCCGAUGGCAUUCAACGAAGACGAACAGCAGAUGACUCGCUUAACAUGAAGUCGUUCUUUGAUGUCAACGAGUUGAUUUGCGCUGAAGUUCAAGCCAUGAGUGGUCAGUCAGGUCUUCAAAUUCACACUCGAAAUGAAAGAUAUGGGAAAUUGUCGAAUGGGAUGUUACUAGUCGUCCACCCUUCUUUGAUCAAGCGGUGCAAGUCACACAUCUCAUUCUUCAAUUGUGGAGUCAAAUUCAUAUGUGGGAUGAACGGAUUCAUUUUCAUCACUUUUGGAAAGGAACCAGAAAAGACUAACGCACACUUUGAAAAGCUCUCUCGCGUCGCAAACUGCGUGAGGAUCUUACAAGACAAGUCGAUGCUGAUCAACGGAUUCAUCGUCGAACAUUUGUAUGAAAUGACUGUCAAAAUGGGGAUACCCGUCUCGGACAUGUUACUCAAAAAGCAACAAGAAGUGAUCGUCUCGCAGUACAUGGAGGAAAUGUCUUAA